AUGAUUGAGAAAAUAUUUGGUUAUGAGAAAUUUCCAAAAUUUUGCUUAAAUAAACCUCGAUUUCCACAGCAUACAUUUCUUGGACGUUAUUUACAUUUUUUGGAUAUUAUUGAUCCGAGAACAUUGUUUACCAGCGAGGAAAAGCUUCGUAACAGUAUUGAAUUGCUAAAUAAUUAUAAAAUGGGUAAAAUUCAGUUCGCAACUGAUCAACAAUUAUGGGAAGCACAAAAAAUUAAAUCAGCUAUUUUGCAUCCUGAUACGGGUGACAAAAUUUUACCACCAUUUCGAAUGAGUGGUUAUGUACCAUUUGGUUGGAUAACGGUUACUGGUAUGUUAUUGCCAAAUCCAUCUUGGCUUUCAAUACUUUUUUGGCAAUGGCUUAAUCAAACUCAUAAUGCAUUAAUUAAUUAUUCAAAUCGUAACGCUACACAGGAGCAAUCAACAUUACAAUAUAUAAAUGCAUAUUGUGCAGCUGUUUCAUCAGCUAGUAUUGUUGCUUUGGGAUUAACAGCUCUAAUCAAACGUACUGAAAAAUUAAAUUCUAUCAAACGUGUAAUCAUUCAACGUUUUAUACCGUUACCAGCUACGUCAUUUGCAAGUUCACUUAACGUGUUAUGCAUGCGUUGGAAUGAAUUACAGAAUGGUAUUAACGUGUAUGAUUGUAAUCAAAAUGUAAUUGGUGUAUCUAAAAUUGCUGCUAAAAAGGCAGUAGAAGAUACAAUGUUAACACGGGCAUUUCUACCAAUACCUCUGUUAAUGAUACCUCCAUGUGUAAUGCCAUUUCUGGAAAAAAAAUAUCAAUGGAUUACUAAAAGUACCACAAAUCAUUUAUUCAUCAGUGCUGUAGUUUGCAUAUUUAGUUUUGCAUUCAGUUUACCCAUAUCUUUGGCAAUUUUCCCGCAAGAAUCAAAGAUACUACGUGAUCACCUGGAAUCAGAAAUACGAAAGAACACAACACAAAAAUAUCUUUUUUAUAAUCGUGGUUUAUAA